GCCAGUUCUUCCACAGGUGCACUACUCUGACUCUGUUGCAGCUCCCUCUAAACCAUUUCCAGGAUUUUAGCAGCUUUCACCCCUGCUCGGGAGCCUGCAAGCAUGUUUCUCGCAAAGGCGAUCCUGGAAGGUGCAGAUCGGGGUCUUGGAGGGGCUCUUGGAGGCCUUCUUGGAGGAGGUGGUCAGGCAAGAGCAGGCGGGAGCAACAUCGGAGGGAUCAUUGGAGGAAUUGUCAAUUUUAUCAGCGAGGCUGCCGCAGCUCAGUACACCCCAGAGCCGCCUCCUCGACAGCAGCAUUUUACCGUCGUGGAAGCCUCGGAAAGUGAAGAAGUCAGGCGUUUUCGGCAGCAAUUUACACAGCUGGCUGGACCUGACAUGGAGGUGGGUGCAACUGACCUGAUGAAUAUUCUCAACAAAGUCCUUUCUAAGCAUAAGGAGCUGAAGACGGAUGGCUUCAGCCUUGACACCUGCAGGAGCAUUGUGUCCGUCAUGGACAGUGACACCACAGGGAAAUUGGGCUUUGAGGAAUUUAAGUACCUGUGGAACAACAUCAAGAAAUGGCAGUGUGUUUUCAAGCAGUAUGACAGCCACCAUUCUGGCUCCCUCAGAAGCUCCCAGCUGCAUGGGGCCCUGCAGGCAGCAGGCUUCCAGCUAAAUGAGCAACUUUACCUCAUGAUUGUCCGCCGGUAUGCUGACGAAGAUGGCGGUAUGGAUUUUAACAACUUCAUCAGCUGCCUGGUUCGCCUGGAUGCCAUGUUUCGGGCUUUCAAGACUCUGGACCGAGAUAGGGAUGGGCUGAUUCAGGUCUCCAUCCGAGAGUGGCUGCAGCUGACCAUGUAUUCCUGAAACGAACGCAGAGAGGUAGAGACCCUCCCUGGAUGACAGGUCUGCAGAAAGCCUUGUCAUAUGAGCCACAGCUCAUAGCCCACCCACCAGCUACCAUUUCUUGGUAUAAUGUUUUUUUUUAUACUCUUUUAUAACGUUGCAUAUUCCUGACCGUAGUCUACACUUCACUGCUUAAUUAAAACUUUUUUUUUUGACAGAAAGUGUUCAGAGUGGUUUGUAGAUCAGUUGUUUUUGGGAGAGGACAUACAGAGGCAUGUAUAUGUGAUGGGCAGAUGUUGGUUGAGUUUGAAAGGUUGUUCAAUCCUGGUGAAUGGAUCUGCAUUGCUUACAAUCACUGGCUACCUCAAGAAAGCAUCAGGAGGUGGACCACUUUGCCCUUCAAAGGCUGAGAGGGAAAGGUUAGAAGUUGUCUUUUCUAUUGAAAGUUUCACAUUUGGUCCCAUACUAUGAAGAAGUGCACUUUGCAGAAAACUUACUUUACUGUAUAGGAAUGGGUUAAAAACAUGAGCUGGAGCAAUUUUAUGUCAGGGGUAUCAUUUUAUAAAAAAAUAUAAAGCACCUGCCUAAGAGUCUAGAGCCCUUCUUCUGUUUUCUAGUAAGACAAACACAGCGGGUUUUGUCUUGGUGAGUUUGUGACGAGUCAAAGGCCUGGAGGAAUACAAAGGUGGAUCUGUUGUUCAGCGUCCUUGGCCGCCUGAACGAAUCAAAAUGAUUCUUCUUCCCUUUACUUCGCACAGACUCAGGCGCACCCAGGUGAUAUUAGCCAGCUCUUGUCCUGUCUUGCCCUACCUCAGAGUAAGGAAAGUUCUUUUGCUUAUCUUUGGAAACAACAGGCAAGGGGAAAGAAAAAAAAGAGAGAGAGAAAAGAACAAGACAAAACACAUAAUUAGCAGUCAAUGAAGUGGAAUAUGAAGCCGAAUAGACAACAGAUAUUGCUGACUUUUAUUGCUGACGUUUGAGGUUCUGGCUGCAAUUUAGCACUGCAGGGAGAAUCCUUUAGCAAUGACUGACUCCCAGAUGAAGUGAAGUCUCUUCAGAAACCUCUCCUCCUUAAGCUCCUCAGGCCAUGCUAAUGAGCUGCCAAGCUGACAGUCCUAAGCUAUGGCUGUCUCCCAGGGUUUUUCAAAUCUGUCCCAGUCAGAACUGCCAAGCAGGAGGCUGCCUCUGAUCAAGAAUGGGAGAAUGGGAACAGUAAGAACCUGCCAGCCUGCAUCUGCAUUAACCCUGUCUUUCUGCUGCACAGCUCUUCAUCUGGCUAGAUUAUGUUGGUAUAAGCUAUUUGUUUCAGCUGAGCAAGCAAAGCCCAGGAAGCACGUAUGUUGGAACAGACUGCGCAAGAGAGGCUCUGUUGCAAGCCACUGUUCCUCCAUUCUCUGCCCGUCAGUACUUUGCACUUUGCUGUGUUUAGUUCAUUCCUUCCAUCCUGGGGCCACUUUGGAGACUCCUUCUGGGAUCAAAACUAAAUUAUUUUUCCUCCUUUAACUCAUUUAAAAGAAAGACGUAACUAUGGGAACAGAACGACAUAGCCGGCCUCUUAGGAGGUCUAGAGCUCCUGCCAGAAAGCCCCAGUGAGGCUGGGAGAGGUUGGCAUUUGGACUCUGUGUACAGCGUCACUGCCAUCAUGUAGCAUUUAUGAAAUACCACACACAUAAUUCUGAACUGAGCCAAGCACAAAGAUCGCAUCUGCUUUCUUCAAGGGACUUGUAAUUUCCCUUGGUCUGAUAGUCGGCGUAGGCCAACCGUGGGUAUUUAAGUGUGAAGCUGCUGCCAGCAAGCACACAUCCAUACCAGCCUAACUACUGCAGAGUAAACCCAGGAAAACGUCAGACACGGGAGCAGCAGAGUAGCCAGGAAAGGGAGCAAGCUGCCAAGAUGUCUGUCAGGACUCAGAAUAUUUUUCUAAUUUUAUCUCCACAUUGUGAUUGUAAAAAGGACAAGGUAGAGCCUGUGGUUUUAUUCCAAUCUUCAUGAUAAAUGUCUUAUAAAACUCUCAAUGCAUACUA